AUGGAAUACAAAGCUUAUUGCUGCAUUGUUAUCGGGUGGCUUCCAGCUUCUAAAGAUUUAUUGCACUCUAACUUCAAGUUAAAAGAUCUUGGUUCUCUUAGAUAUUUUUUAGGUUUUGAAGUUGCUAGAUCAUCCAAGGGCAUUAGUUUGUGCCAACAGAAAUAUGCGUUAGAGUUGAUUGCCACCUCAGGUUUGGCUGCUAUUAAACCAGCCAUGAUACCCCUUGAUCCUCAGCAGAAGUUUACAACAGUGGAGUUUGAUGCUUCAUUUCCUAGUGCACCAGAUCCUACCUUAAAGGAUCCCUCUUCAGUUUAUGCAUCAGCCAAAACAGUCCCAUCUCAUGCAGCUCUCAAAGUGGUCAAAUAUAUCAAAGGGUCUCCUGGUUUAGGCUUCGUUUUUCCAGCAAAUGGUUCUAUCUAUCUUCAAGCUUUUUGUGAUUCUAAUUGGGCUUCUUGCCUUAUGACGCGUAAGUCCAUUACUGGUUUCUGCAUCUUCUUGGGAGUUUCUUUACUGUCAUGGAAAUCUAAGCGUCAAGUUACAGUUUCCAAGUCAUCAUCUGAAGCAGAAUAUCGUGCCAUGGCAUCUACGGUUUGUGAGCUUGAUGGCUUACUCAAUUUUUGA